AGUACAAUACGGACGUCGCGAAGGGAGCAACGGGCAGACAGGUUCAGCCGGGUGCUUCCCUAGACAGCUGACGAUGCAUUCGCCGCGUGGAUGGCUGUUGCUACUUGUGCUGCUGUUGUCAAUAUGCUUCAGCCUCGGCGAAGCACGCUCCUACCCACUUCAAUCCGCGGAAACCGAAGACGAACCAGACGACUUUGGCCUGGAGGACGAGGUCGACGAACCGCCAGAGGAACCAGAAGAGCCGAGGACGGAUGACGAAGAAACAGAAGAAGAUGGAACCGAAGAAGAUGAAGUGGAAGAUGAUGGAACAGACGAAGAGAAAAAGGAGGAGAGAACGGGAGAAAAGGCUCACGGGAGAGCUCGGGGGCGACUGACCGUUCGACGUGGUGAGACGAUAUUGCGUGCGGAGCGUCAGGUGAUCCACGAGUUCGAGGUUCACAUCCAGCUGGGCCGACAGUUCGAGCAAAACCUGACCAGCAUGCGAGAGCUGAUCAACACCGAGAUGGAGAAGAGCCGCACCCGACGCGAGAUGUUCGACUUCCAAAAGAAGAUCGCCAAGAUUGACAAAAUUCUCACUGAAGUGAAAACCAGAACGGACGAGUCGGAAACGCGGUUCCGGAAGCUCCUGAAGCGAAUCCUGUCCGGUGACAUCCGUUCCGAGCGAAGGUGUCACAGCCUGCUUCAGGGCCUGUCGUCGGGAUAUCGCACGUCACUGCAUGGCCUGGCCCGCAAGUCGGCCAGUUCACUACGUAGCAUCGUGCGCGGGAUGUCCGGUGCACUGGCCCGCCUGGGUGUGGGUAUCCUCGACGUCUUCAAGCUCAAGUUCGAGCCGUUCAAGCUAGCCAUCGACACAAUUACAAAUCGAAGGCGGCUCCGGAGACCCUUCGGCAGUGUUGUAUUUGGUCACUGAAGAAGAAAGUAAAGGUCGAACCGAGAAUAAUAAAAGAAAAACAGUACACUUCUUC